AUGGUUGCGAACAACAAUUCCCCUCAAGGCCAACGACACGAAGGCUGCCAAAUUUCCGUGACCAAGGUUAUGGACGCUUCCUCAACCAAUCCCUCACAAGUCGUGGACAAAAAGCAGUUUUUCAUUUUUGGUCACAAUAUUUCACAUUCCCUAUCGCCAACUCUACACAACGCCGGUUUCCACGAACUUGGCUUUCCACAUCACUACCAGAUUCACGAGAGUGAAAACGUAGAUCAAACAGUGGAACAAAUUAUCAAUCGCCCAGACUUUGGCGGUGCAUCAGUCACAUUCCCUCACAAGCUACAAAUUGGCAAGCUCUUGGAUUCCGUCUCAGAACAAGGACAAAACAUCGGUGCUAUAAACACCGUUGUUGUGAAAGAGGCUAAUGGGCGACGAGUCCUGCAUGGCGAUAACACGGACUGGAUUGGCAUCAGAAGAUGUAUACUCAGAUCUGGAAGUCGGGACUUUGCAUCAUCAUCGGCACUAGUACUGGGUGCUGGAGGUGCGGCCAGAGCGGCUUGCUACGCCAUCAAAACACUCGGGUUUCGCGAACUCAUUGUAGUCAACAGGACUUUAUCCAAGGCCGAGGAGUUAGCAUCCAUGUUCUCAGAACUAAAAACACGUGCCUUCGUUUCACUGGAGGAAGCUGAAAACGCUGGAGAUGCCGAUAUUCGCCUCAUCGUGGCGUGUGUACCUGCCGACGAUUUGGGAGAAGACAAGAUUCCUGUUGGUCUAUUCUCAAAACCUGGACAAGGAGUCUUGGUGGAGAUGGCGUACAGGCCCCAAGUAACAGGAAUGAUGACAGUGGCUCAACGAAACUCACAGUGGGAUGUAUACAGGGGUGUUGAUGUCCUCGAAGAGCAGGCGUAUGCACAAUUUGAACUGUGGACGGGAAAACAAGCUCCGGUAGAGGUUAUGCGUAGUGCAAUGCAGGCACGAGUAGCAAAUGCUUAG